CAUUAUAAUCAAAUCUGUUGUCACCAUCAAAGCAUUAUUCGUCAGAUAACAAUUCAACAAUUUGACAACUAAAGCAGUGGUUCCUUCACGUAUAAGGAAUAUGGUUUAAAGAAAGAUGGCUUCCAUAUUUAUAGUGUUAAGCUCUUUAUACUUAGCAGGAAUACUGGCAGUAAAUGUUCAUCUGCCAAGCAACGAAGCGUGUUACGGCCGUCCAAUCUCUGUCAACGUUAAACAGCGAGUUAACGUGGUGAUUAAUUCAGAGAGCCUCUUUCAUACCAAAGCUUGCAACGCUACGUUUGUGACGCCAAACGGCUACAGAUUGGUCGUGGCCUUUAACAUGUUCAAAAUUACCAAUUGCAACGUCCGCUUCUUUGUUACCGUUGAUGGAAAUCACAACGAUUACGACUGCUUCAUAGAAGGGGUGCCAAAUGAUAUAUACAGCUACAGCAACAUGGCCACUGUAUUUUUGACCAAACAGAAACCCAUAGAACAAGGCUACAAUAUAGAAUUUUCGAUCACAAGUAUUAACGAAGGCACUGGGAAGGACAUAAAAGAAAUGAAACGUUCAUCAGACGCCGCGUUGGUGCCGUUCCUCGUUGUGUUUUUCGGAGCACCUUUUUUGUUUGUUUUGUUCUGGUAUAUCUAUACAUUCCAAAGGAAAAAAGAACAUGAGCUCGAAAAAAGAACACGCAGCGGCCAGUCAUGUGCUUAGUAAACUAGCCAUUGGACUAGUAUUAUAAAGUGACAUUGUUUAACUGUUGAACGACUGGCAGGCAACAACAAAGUAUAAGAAACUUCCGGUAUUCGUUUACAGACGUUAAUGAAGUAUGUAUUUACGAAUUCAUGACUCAUAAAUCAUGAAUAUAUUCGGACGCAAUAUAUUCUAUAAACCCUAAAAACGUGAUAUGUUCAUAUUUCUUUGUCGGUUGCAUUGUGUUACAAAAUAUCUUUGCUCUUAAGAUUUUGUUAAUAAAGCACAUCAACAUUUUAUUAUUUGUGUACAUCUUAAAAAUUUCGUUUGUAUUUCAACGUAACCUUAUUAUAACAGUUAACUGUAAUACUGUCGGGAGCAUUGCCUUACAAAACUAAUGCAUUCAAACAAAACGAACAAUAUGUUGUGUACCGUGUUCAAAGUAUUUGAUAACUCCUCUUAAUACAAUCGUUUUAUCUUUAACACUUGUGUAAAAUGAGCAUUAUGACUUAAUCUAACUCUGAAUCAGCAGCGAUAUAGAUAAAAUCAAACAUGUAUAACAAUUCUAUUCAUAUUUACUUAAAUUUAAAUAUGCUUUUAAACUUCCAACAAAUUGCACCUCAGUUCUAUUGAAAAGAUGUGUACUUUGUUGGUGAGUAGCGCAUUUAAAUAAAACGCAAAGUACAGUUUCGAAGUUAGAUGUAGUUGGAACUGAUGAACGGUAAAUAUUUUUCA